AGCGUAUAUAAUAUGACCGAUUGGGAUAAGCGAGUGCUAACCGCCAGGGCGGCACUGUGUAAAGUUCUUCAGGAACACCAUGCUUUCAUACCGAAGCACUCGGAAAUCUUUCAGUUGGCGCAGGAGUUUGAAAGUUUGAAAGAACUUGUUCCAACCCUGACCGGAUCCCACUCACUAUCUGUGGAUGGCGACCAUACGUUAUCGGCUUCCGUGGCACACUCGGAGAUUGUGUCCACUUUGAAGGAGACAUUAGAUAUGCACGCUAACUGUGUGUACUUAUUAGAAGUCCACCGGGCGAUCGAUCUGUUAUCGACAUCGGUCCGUCAGCUUUGUCAGUGUGUCUCGCGAUCUCAUUUGGACUUGUCAGACCAAGAAGAUGAUGUCAGGCCUGUGGCAGACGGUGAUCCAGAAGGGCCAGCCACCACCAGUGGACUAGAGGAGGAUCUUGGUGGAUUGGGUCGGAUGGAACAAGCCGAUUGUCUGGAUAUUGAUUCAGACACCUACAGUCUUUAUACCAGUGAGGUCGUGUCCGCCUUGGAAGAGGUUGAGAAGUUGUUGAGUCAACCGACAAAAUUCAACAAAGACAACACGCUGGUUUUUCAGGGAUUCUGUCUCACUCUCCGAGACUGUAAGCUGCUUUUACGUUUACAAAAGUUUCUUCUACUUGUUCUUCAGCGAACCCUUCAUGAGCACAUCGAUAUGUUAUGGCGUCAGUGCUUUGUUUGGCGUCGAUACAAUCAGCAGACGGAAGAGGGCAACGUGGCGACUGCGACCAGUGGCUUGGCAGAACUGCUGAAUGACCUGUGUGUCUCGACUUCCACACUGCCUUCCACUGCGGAAAUGUACAAUUUGUUGCGACGACCGUACGACAGCGAAGAUUGUGGCAAACAAUUUGGUCCUGUUAAACCGUCACCGAUCAUUGCCAGUUUCACAGUUUAUGCGAUGUCUGAUCUACUUGUGCAGCUUUUCCGGUUAAUAGAUGCUCUCAACGACUCAGCGGCCCGUUUUAAUGACUUAUCAAAACGUCUUUGGGAGCUUCUUUUUGAGCCUUGGUUGGAGAAGGCCCGGUGUACUUCAGAGUCAUCCAGACAGUUCAUGGAUUGGCCGCGUCUCUGUACCCAUUUUUAUAAGGCAGAUAAACGUCAGGUUGAUGACACAGACUUCACCGAAGAUUUGGAUGACAUCGACCGACCCGUACGGUUACCUGCCUGGCGUCUGUCACUGGUUGCCCCCACUUAUCCCGACGAGAGAACUGAGGAUUCGCUCAUUCAAGACUCCUGUCGGCAGCUUGCCUCGGCUUUCCAGGAACUUCACACCUAUGUGUUCUCUCCACGAUCGACAGUAAAGGAUGGUGAAGGACCACAAACGAUUUCGUCCUCCUUUGUGCGUGACAGUGGCUAUUUUGACGAUCGUCUAGUAAGGCGUCUGAUUGACGGUCGAUUCGCCUCCGUCCUUCCUUCAGCGAAGAAAUGUCGAUCCGCCGAGUUCUUAGCACCAGCCACACAGGCUGUGUAUAGUUUGGCCGUGACCGGUGAAGAAACGGGAUUCUUCACCGGCUCUCUCAAUGAAGAUUCCCAGUCCAACACUAGCGGUUUUUCAGUUGGAACAGGUGGGGCCACUUUGCUGGUGUCGUGGAUUAACGAUUUAUCUAGACUGACGGAGAAGCGCAGGACAAAUGAAGUUUUGGCCCAAGUACGCAGCUUGUUAUCCGAUCCAGAACAAUUUCAUGCUACCUGCAUCGUGGGCACAGGUAGUGAGUGUACCAAACGAGGGGAAACUUACCUGGACGAGUCAUGGGAUGAACAGUUAGACGAAGAGGAACUGAACACGUAUCAGAGACAAGCUGCCAAUCGACAGAAACAGACUGACUCGUCUACUCACCCGAUACCUUCAUUGUCGCAGUUGCUGGAGUCCGCACAGAAUCGUAAAGAUCUAACUCGGUUUGUAGACCUUGGUCACUUUCAUUUUCCCCAGUGCAGGGUAUCCAAAUCGGUUCUGACCUUUUUAGACCAAAUCAAUGCUAUCAUAAACGAAGCACAGACCUAUUUGGAUGUACGCGCUGCACACGAGGAUUCGGAAUCGUCUCGAGUUGGUGCGAAACGAGCAAAUUCUUUCCCGCUUGCGACAACUAUCGUUGAGUUGGUACCUCGCCUGCUGAUCUCCUAUACUUCUUUGAUUCCCUGCUUUUUCGGUCCCAAACUCGAAAAAGAUCUCUAUUUAGCUUGCCUGUAUCACAACAACUGCAUGUACCUGGCACACGAAUGUUUCACUUUGGGUGAAAUUCGCCUCUAUCCAAUGCUGCAGAAGGUCCGUUCGGAGUGGACUGGUGAAGAUACGGAUCUUUUGGAACAGUUGGCUGCUGUAAAUACCUGUGUCUUGGUUCCACACUUCCGCACCACAGCCACUAACCUCCUGUUGCGGCAUUUGCGUGGUUACCGUGACCAGUUGGUUGGUCAGUUCAAACAAACUCGUGGGUUCCGACACAAUUGCUCUAAACUCUCUGUUCUGUUACUUACUCAGUUCCUUGUUUUUCUUCUCUAUCAGGAUGUUGGUCUUGCGGAAAAUCGCCACGCAGCCACGCAAGCUGUCCAUGAAUGUUUGGAUCUCCUCCGCAGUGCGUCAGAUGGUUUGAAACCUCUCCCGCUCACCGUGUAUUACCGCUGUAUGGGCGUCCUCUGUAAUACCGUAUGUUUGGAACUCAAUUCGAGCCUGCUACAACUGAUCGAUAUGACCACGCAGGAUUGUGAAGUUCUGGUGAACCUCAUAAAUCUGGUCGAGGCCGAAAUUAGCCAACACUUUUCCACUUGCCCGGACCCAGACCUGAUGCCACAAGCCUCUGCGGACAUCAAAAAGAUGUCAUUGACCGUUCGUCGUGUACCCGAGCUCGCUCGACUUCGCGGUAUUCUCUCUGUUCUCACCGCUCCCGCAAUGACUGUCAUUGACAAAGUUUUGUGGAACGAUGGACAUGGAGCUUUGGCAACAGAAGCAAACCUGAAGGUGACCGAGUUGCGAAAUCUCAUCAAGGCCAUCUAUAGCUCAUCCUCUGCACGUGAUCACUUGUUGAGCAAACUUCAUUAGACCAACAAACUAUGUUUAUGGAAUUUUCUUUUUUUGUUACCAGAUUCAUGUUUCUAUCCGGUGCAAUAAAACGGAGUUUCGAAACGUGGCUUUUUA